UUGUAUUUUGCUUGUACAACUGCCGUGUUCAGUUGGAUGUCAACAACUGCGAUGUCUACGUAAAUACAGUUUGCGUAUCCAUGUACACUAUAUGGCCAUAUGCUUUAUAAGUAGUAGUUUCGCACAUAAACAUCUACUGUAAAUAGAUGUCCGCUUCCAAGUUUACUCCGUGGAAGUAUGAAUGGACUUUCGUAACAUCCCCCGUUGCUGUUAGCUUUGAAAGCUAGCAAUGUGUGUCAAACAUGCAGUUAGUUUGCUUUAGACGCCAGAUGAAGGUAGCCUACUCGCCAUGAAGGACACGACUUUAAUGCUCACUCUGCGGCAGAUGAAGUAAGGAUGGACAAAGGCGAUGGUGGCGAACAAAGUGGACUGUAUCAGGAUGCCUAUGGUCCAGAGAUGCAAAGUCUUCCGGAAGGUGACCUGGCAUGUCAACCAGAUGUUGACCCCUCUCCUCCUGAGGCCAGUGGCUUGUUGUCGUUGCCGUGGGAGAUGGUGACCUAUAUUGCCUCACACCUUCCUGCUCACUGUGUCAUCUCUGUCCUGCCCAAGGUCUGUUCCGCUUUGCGUAACGUCGGCAAGGACAGCACUGCCUGGCAGCUGCGGGCGCGCAGACUGAUUGGCUCAAAAGUCAACUUUCCUGUGGGGCGGAGGGAGGACUUUGACUGGCCCACCGCUUGUUUGGAGAUGGAACAACUGAUUACCUGCUGGACCGACAUGGCACAGCAUGACCUCAGACAUCACCAAGCCGCCGAGGAGGAAGACCAGGGUGACCAGGGACGAGUAGAGAUGGAGCCAGGGAGAGAUGCACAGGGCGUUGACGAACGGUUGGUUGGUGAGCUCGUUGGCGAGCUGGAGCAGAGAUUAGGGGAUAACCCAGAAGAAGAUGCUUUAUUUGAGGGCCACGAUGGCGCUCUUGAUCAUCAACAGGCACAGCCGGGUAAUGGAGAAAUCAUUCAGCAUCAACCACCAAGAAGUUCAAGCCCACCCCCAGCACUUGAGCGCCUCACCCUGCUCGCAGGCCACAUUGCCCAGGUCAACUCCGUCCUCUUGUUAGGUGGCGACGGGACGCUCUGCGCCACAGGCUCCAGAGAUCGGAACGUCAAUCUUUGGAAACUGCACGCGGACUCGAGCAGCGUGCUGCUGCACACCUUGCUCGGGUCCCGCAACUUCAGCACCCAUCAAGGAUGGGUCUGGUGUCUGGCAUCUCAGGGACCGCUGCUGGCCUCGGGAGGGUUCGACAGCACGGUGCGGCUGUGGGACCUGCAGGCGUCCGGCGCCGAAAAGGGAUUGAUCAAGGCUGGAGGUGCUGUGCUGUGUUUGACCUGUUUGCCAGAUGUCCUGCUGGCUGGCACGUUUGACGAAAGGGUCAGCGUUUACGACCCGAGAGCUGCUUUUACGUGCCUGAAAAGCCUCCGUCUCCAUACCAACGCAGUCAUGUGUCUGGCGGCUGACGACAAAUACAUUGUCUCUGCGGGUAAGGACUGCACUGUGGCCGUCUAUGACCGCCGGGCGGACAAAACCUUGAACAAAGUCCGGCUGAAUGCUUACUUGCGUUCCAUGAGCUACAGUGACAGUGAGGUGUGGGGAGGAGACCACAGGGGCACGCUGCAUUCCUUCGCCAUGCGGGACGGCCUAUUGAAGUCCACAGCGCACCUCAAUGUGGGGCACACCGCUAUGAUAACCGGCAUUCAUAAGUCACCUGGAAGCCUCUACACCUGCUCCUCUGAUUGUACCGUCAAGGUGCACAUCCCAUGUCGGCCUCCAAAGACUUUAUGCACACUGCGUCAUCAAGCUGGAGCCUCUGGGCUGAGCGUGGAGGCCGGAACCCUGGCUGUCGCCUCAGGGGAUAUGGGUGUGGAAAUCUGGAGACCCAGAAAGUCAUGAAGCUGCCCGUGGACAAAACCGCAACACCAACAACUGACUCAUAUAUGAAAUCAGGUCAACAUUUUAUUUAAAGCAAAGCAGUACACAAAGUCAGUCUAGAAUUGAGGAGAUUACGAUCCAGUAGCAUGCAGAUCAUGUGACCAAUGACUCGCGAGACACAUUAGGUACACCCGCUCAAGAUUUAAAGGAACCCUACUACCUUUAUAAAGCUACUUUAAUAUGAUAGUGAAGCCCUUGUGUACAGUAAACAGCCACAAGACGAGCUGUAUAGCAACAAUUCUGCACUGUGAGAGACAAGAGUACAACAUAUUGAUUGAGGCUGUAUCUUGGGAUUUUUUUUCAGAAUCAGAAGUACUUUAGAAAAAAAAAAUCAGUCUAGGCCUGGGUCCAAGGGGAAAAAACCUCAUAGCCAUAGCACACAUAAACAAGUUUGUAAGAGGGAAACAUCAAAUAACACAAGGGACAUUAAAAGAGCAGAGCUGAUGCAACCAGCUGCCACUCCCGCAGUGCAAUUUCUACAUACUGCUACAAAAGUAAAAAAACUAAAAAUAAUCAACCAAUAAUAUACAUUGCGCACACACGACUGCACCAUGCAUAGACAAGCAACCAAACAAAAACAUCAUUUCAACACCCAUAUACACUGUGGUGGCCUCUGCCGUGUUCCACGCCAUCGUCUGCUGGGGUGGGAGGAGCAGACCCAACAAAGCAACCAAGCCCUCAUGCCUUCUUAUUGGUCACUGGGACUUCAUUGUGAGGAAAAAAAAAAAAUCAAUAUCAGCCUGGGCCCCUGGAGAGGGGGUCCAGACUGAUGCCAAGGGAAAAAAACCUCAUAGCCAUAGCACACAUAAACAUGUGUAAGAGGGAAACAUCAAAGAACACAAAGGACAUUAAAGACAAUAAAGGGGCAGAGAUGAUGCAACCAGCCAUUUAUACUGACAGCCACAAGAGUAAAACAACAACAAUAAAAAAAAAAAAUAUAUAUAUAUACACUGUGGUGGCCUCUGCGGUGUUCCACACCAUCUUCUGCUGGGGUGGGAGGAGCAGACCCAACAAAGCAACCAAGCCCUUAUGCCUUCUCAUUGGUCACUGGGACUUCAUUGUGAGGAAAAAAAAAAUUUCAGUCUAAGCCUGGGCCCCUGGAGAGGGUGUCCAGACUGAUGCCAAGGGGGAAAAAAAACUCAUAGCCAUAGCACACAUAAACAUGUGUGUAAGAGGGAAACAUCAAAGAACACAAAGGACAUUAAAGGGGCAGAGAUGAUGUAACCAGCCAUUUAUACACACAGCCACAAAAGUAAAACAACAACAAUAAAUAAAUAAAUAAAAACAUAUACCGUAUUUUCCGCACUAUAAGGCGCACAGAUUAUAAGGCGCACCUUCAAUGAAUGGCCUAUUUUAAAACGUUGUUCAUAUAUAAGGCGCACCGCAUUAUAAGGCGCAUAGAAUAGACGCUACAGUAGAGGCUGGGGUUACGUUACGCAUCCCGUAGUUGCGAGACCUGUUGUGGCUCAAUAUUGGUCCAUAUAUAAGGCGCACCGGAUUAUAAGGCGCACUGUCAGCUUUUGAGAAAAUUUGAGUUUAUUAGGUGCGCCUUAUAGUGCGGAAAAAUACGGUACACUGUGGUGGCCUCUGCGGUGUUCCACGCCAUCGUCUGCUGGAAUGGGAGGAGCAGACCCAACAAAGCAACCAAAAGAGCCGACUCCACCCUCGGCCGCCCACCAACUCUUCGGCCAGUGUCCAGUCCGCAUGGAUGAGCGAGGAUACGUCCAAAGAACCUGAGGUGUCCGAUACCCGCUCAUUCAGUCAAGACAGGCCCGGCCCUAACCAAUCUGGCGCCCUAGGCAAAAUUUUAGGUGGCGCCCCCCCACAUCGGCAGUGAAGUGUAUAUACUCACAAAAAAACGAAUAGCUUUGUCUUUGACCUUUUUUUUUUACUUAAAGAAAGCAAAUUAACAAUCAGAAUAGUUAACAAGAUAAAAAAAAAUAUGAAUAAAUAAAUGAAUACAAAAAAUUAAAAAUGAAUAUCUAACAAUCAAUUUAUUGUCAUCAUUACAGUGAAAUGCUGAAUAGCAGAAUGCAAAGUAACAGUAUAAUAUAUUAUAUGAGAAUGUUAUGUUAUGAUUAUCUUUAACCGAAUCACAGCAGUGCUCAAAUUAAAAAACAGCAUUCCCUCUCAUGUAAUAUUGCUUAAUUAACAUUAAUGAUGUGCACUUUAACAACUACACUUACAACUAUACCUAAUAUAUAAAGGGGUGGAAAAGUGACUAUUACCUGCAGGGCAAACAUUAGUUAACUAGAAGGCAAUAACAAUGUAAACAAAAAACACCUGCUUAAAAGAUCUAAUACAAAUGUCCCUGGGGAAUGUAAGGUGGGAGUACUGUAAUUACCUAACGUUACAUUCUUAUUUUCCAUAACAAUUUAGCCCCCUCCACAAUAUUAACCCGACGUUAAAACAGAACUAGCUAUUUAUUGAUUAGCAAUUGCCGAAUCAUGUAACAUUAGCUUAAUGCUAAAAAGCCAGGUUACUAUCACAUUCUGUAACAGACAAAUAAUUUCAUGUAGGCUAACGUUACCUACCUGCUACCUCUGUCUUUUUCUCGUUUCUCCUCCUCUUUUCUUUUUUCUUCCCUGGGCACCUGACAGUUUUGGCCGUUUUGACAUCUUGUGUUGAUUUUUUGAUGAGGUGACGUCCAAAAA